AUGGCUCUAGAUAUCUACCGCCGCAAAGCCCGGAAUCUAGCUUGGUAUGACCAAGACGGCGAACCCGCGUCUCACAAUCCAUUCAAAAAAUUCCGCCGCCGCCCAACUCGCACAGCCUCCAUUCCACUUGAAGAUCAGGGCCGGCCCCGAGAUCCAGACAGGGAUGUCGAAAACUCCCCGUACCCGCCAGAGUCCGCAGGCAGCGACUGGCAAACGAAUGGGAGCUACGGCGGCCCGGAGCCGUCUAACAUCAGCCAAGACCCGAUCAAUGCCGACACAGUGACCACAUCCCGCGGUGGCAUCGACUUCGAGGCCGAGAUCGAAGGCAAUCAGGCGCGCCAGCGCGGACCCAAAAAGUCCGGUUUUCUGGGCAAGUUCAAGCGCCAGCCGAGCGAGGAGCACGGCCCUGAGGAUUCGAAGCCGCUUGACGAGGCACCCAGGUUCACUGUGGCGUCGCAGAUCCGUGCGACAGUGUUGAAUUCGUGGAUAAACAUCCUGAUUGUCGCCGCGCCGGUGGGCAUUGCCCUGCACGCGGUCGACGCGAACCCCAUCGCUAUCUUCGUGGUCAAUUUCAUCGCGAUCAUCCCGCUCGCCGCUAUGCUCAGCUAUGCGACGGAGGAAAUCGCUAUGCGCACCGGUGAGACGAUUGGCGGGCUGCUGAACGCAUCGUUCGGCAACGCCGUCGAAUUGAUUGUCGCCAUCAUCGCUUUGGUCAAGAAGGAGGUGUUGAUCGUGCAAACAUCGUUAAUCGGCAGUAUGUUGUCGAAUCUGUUGCUGGUCAUGGGUAUGUGCUUCUUUUUCGGCGGCCUUGAACGUAUGGAGCAGCACUUCAACGUGACCGUCGCCCAGACGGCCGCCAGUCUGCUUGCGCUGGCUGUAAGCAGUCUGAUCAUUCCUACUGCGUUCCACACCUGGUCCAGCGCCAAGCAGGACCACACCGCAGAACUGUCUCGAGGAACCAGCGUACUCCUCCUUAUCGUUUACGGCUGCUACCUCUUCUUCCAGCUGAAGUCGCACACCGACAUGUACAACGCCCCGAGUCAGAAGGUCGAAAAGCGCUCCAAGAGCGAGGGCGAUGCGAACCGUGGCAUUGCACAAAUUGGCAAGAUGACCGCGACUACUAUGGGUGGGCGUGGUGCCGCGCAAGAGGUCCAGUUUCACGAUCCGGAAGACGAGGACGAGCAGCCGCAGCUGACGUUGUGGGUUGCUGGAUUGACCUUGUGUGUGUCGACUGCACUUGUCGCUGUCUGUGCCGAGUUCAUGGUUGAUUCGAUCGACGCGCUGACGACGACGACGAACAUCAGCGAGACGUUCGUGGGUUUGAUCCUGUUGCCAAUCGUGGGCAAUGCUGCAGAGCACGCGACGGCGGUGACGGUUGCAUGGAAAGAUAAGAUGGACCUGGCGAUUGGCGUGGCCGUGGGCUCGAGUAUGCAGAUUGCGCUGCUGGUUUUACCGCUUAUUGUGGUGAUCGGGUGGAUCAUGGGAGUGGAUAAUAUGACUCUCAACUUCGACAGCUUUGAGGUGAUCUUACUGUUUGUCUCGGUGCUCUUGGUUAACUACCUGAUUGGUGACGGUAAAUCUCACUGGCUGGAGGGCGUUUUGCUCAUGAUGAUGUAUCUGAUUAUCGCCAUUGCUGCUUGGUUCUUUGAUUGA